AUGGAUAGCCAAAUACCAAGUUCGACUAGCAAGACGAGUGACGGACAAAAGGUGCAGAGAAAACGCUUAAGACUAAGUUGUGGGGAAUGCAGGAAAAAGAAAGUAAGUUCAUACAGUACCACUCUCAGUCUCAUUAUGAUUACCUUGCCAAAGAUGUCGAUGCAUAAGCAGCAGCAAGCUCAAUUGCAAAUUGAUAGCGAAGAAGUUCAAAAACUCCGGUCCGAGGUGACGCAAUUGAGAGUACUGCUGUCUAAGAUUCAUUCCCAAAAUGAAGCCACUAUUGUGGCAGAGCCUGUGACUGCUACUGGUGUCUCUGAAAUAAGCUGCGGGCCGCUGUCAGACAAACGUUGCGAGGAGACUUAUGGAUCCAUUAUAACGACGGAUAAUAACCUUAUUCAUCCAAACGCAAGAACUCCUUCUAGCUACUACACCCAACACCAUCUUUUCCGUUUCUUUGAAGAGAUCCCUGAACUCUUUCCGUUCAUGAAAGAAACGCGUGAAGAAUUGUUGGAACCUCAUGGGGUUCGCAUUAAAAAGGACACAGCGGCUCGGAAUGAUUUGCGAGCUCAUGUUCAUUGUACGACAGAGUGCCAGUUGGAGGAUUUUCUUCCGGCAAAGGACGUAACAGAUUUUUUAGUACUUUCUUACCUUGAAAGUUUUGAGCAACUGCAUCGUAUCGUUCAUAUUCCUACUUUUAACAAAGAAUAUGCCAAGUUUUGGGUACCUGAUUCUACUCGUCAUUCUGCCAUGACGGCACUAAUUCUCUCUAUGAUAUCAAUCUCAAUAUGCAUUCCCGCCACCUACAACAGUCUUACACCUUCUCAUCACCAAAUAGCUCCGAGGCAGUGGAUCUCCGCGUGUGACAGAUGGUUAAGAGAGCAAAGUUCAAAUGGCCGUAAGCUUGUGCACUAUCAAAUCGGCUGUUUGUUGUAUCUCGCAAAACGAAUGCACAUGAUUAGGAAGAAAGAGUGGUUCAAGGAAACGAGUUCUUUGCUUCAAAAUGCAAUUAUGGAUGGACUACACCGAGACCCGACUUCAAGUGGCGAUACAAUCUUUACGCGAGAGAUGAAAAGACGAAUUUGGGCUGUUAUUCGCGAACUCGACUUGCAAAACUCGUUUGAGACUGGAAUACCAACUCUCCUGAACACAAUUGAUGCUAAAACUGGUACCCCUGGAGACAUUGAUGAUGACGAGUUUGACGAGACCUCGAAAAUACUUCUAAUCUCAGAUCCAUUCGACAAACAUACCCGAACAUCUUAUCAAAUUCAUAGCUCUCAGAGUUGGGGUUUACGUUUAGACGUAUCUCGUCGACUUUUUGCGACAGGAUCACCAAAAGUAUUGAGCUACGAUGAAGUCUUACAUUUAACCCAUCAAUUGACCCAGGAAAUUCACUCCCUCCCAGCUUGGGAUGAAGUCAAUUCAGGGGCAACAAGCCAUGCCUGUUAUCCUAUCCCCGCUAAUGCAUUCCUACAUUUCCAGCUUAUUGAAUGCUCAAGCAGUAUUAUCAUGAGCGAUUCCACUGCUAUCAUUAAUUUCCUCAAGCGAUGCCUUCCUACUAUGGGCAACAGAUAUCUGUAUGGAUUCGAUAAAGAGCCUUGGUGUUUUCUGACUAUGUCUACGGCUAUUUCAUUACUCAACAUACAUGCAGGGAAAGUUAGUCCAGAGACCGGCAAGCUCGAUAUUUCACAGAGUUUUUCGGAUCUACAUCACAAGCGUAUCGAGAACCAACGUCAUAUAUCCAUUUCUAUCCAGCAGGAUUCCAGUCCACGAAUAUCUGCAGAGCACAUUAAUUCCAGUGGACAAUCUGCUGCGUAUAAAGCCACAGAAUUUCCGGCUUUCUCGUGGUUGAACGAUUCUGAUUUUGAAAAUGAUGGUUUUGAUCUCGGAAUGGACCUAGAUAGCAUGUGGCAGUUUUAG